AUGCAACUUAGAAAGGAAAGAAUCCAUUAUCAUGGCAAAACCAAUAAGGACCUGAAAUUCAUUUCCAAGAUGAGUGAGAGUGGGGAACAGACUGAAUUGGAGAGACCCAGAAUCCAAUCAUUGAAUAGUUCCAACAAGAAGAACUUCCCUCAAUUAUUGGAGAGUCGUAGAAAGAUGAUCUCCAGUUUUGUAGACCCUGUUGCUGAAACUAUGAGUUUAACAAAAAAGAAAUACGAUCACCAUUAGAUCGGUUAUCCGAGGUAAACUCAAUUGGAGGACAAAUCCAAACGACCCUUUUGCGGAGAUUCUAAUGUGCACUAUAAUCGGAAGGACAUUUCAAGGAAUUUUGACAAAGAGGGCGACCAGAAUUCAGGGGACAAGGCUAAGUUGGUAAAUCAAAAGAUGGAGGAGAACGCGAAGUGCAUUCAAGAAACACAAUUGGUGGGAUUGGAAAACAAGGUGACUUUGGAAGGCAAGGUGGAUUUGGAGAAGGUGAGGGAUAUCAAGAGAUCCAUUCGAAGAAGAUAUGCAAAUAGGAAGAACUUCCAAAAGAUAUUCAAUUCGUGGGAUGAAGAUGCUAAUGGAGCCAUUAGUGUUAAGAACUUGUACAAUAUGGUGAAUAAGAUGGGGAUUAAUAUUAAUCAAGAUGAAGCAAAGGUGUUGUUGGCUAGUGCAGAUAAGGACGGAUCCAAUGAUUUGGGAAUGGAUGAAUUUAUGGAUCUCAUAUUUAAUGACAAGGACAUUCUGAAUGUGGAUCUGAAACAACUAGAUACUACCGAUAAGAAUACUGCCAUCAACAUUUUGAUCUAAGAUGCUUAAUUGGCUCAUCAGAGAAAGCAUCACAAUCAAAUUAAUAUCAUGCUGAAGAAUAGGGUAUUAAUGAUGUGUAUUCAUGAAUAGCAAUUGAAACUGGGGUAGUGGCUGUUAGAAGCAGAUGAGAAACAAGAAGGCCAUUUGAGUCAGAAGAAAUUCGAGGAGGUGGUAAAGAAGUUGAGGAUUGAUGAGAAGAUCUUAAGCAACGAUGACAUUAAGGAAUUGGCUAAUAAUUUUAGGGGUGACAGUCAGUUUAUUGAUUACAAAUAAUUCAUUAACCAUUUAAAAUAGUUUUAAUUGAAGGAGGAAGUUUAUGAUGAUCCAUAUGCUCUCAAAGAAAAGGUUGAAUUAAUUAAAAAUAAAUAAGAUAAACAGAAAUUUCGAAUCAAUGUUUUCGAUCUCACCAAAGUGAACGGGUGGCACUUGGAAAGAAUGAGAUAUCGAGCUAAUAAUAUGAUCAAUAAAUUAAAGAAGUAUCUACCUGAGAGAGAUAAUUUCUAAGAGUACUUGCAAGAGAAAAUCAAUGGAGAUACAAUUAAUCAAAAGGAAUUCAACAAACUCGUUGUCCAAUUCCUCAAUAGUGUUAAUGAAACACAUCAUAAAUUUGACAUCGAAUCCCUCUUGAGUGUCAUUCAAUUCAAUCAAUAUAAUACAUAAUCUAAAUCCGAAGUGUUGAGAAUUCUCUAUGAUGAAAAUGAUGAUGACUUUUUUGAAAGAGCACAACAGUAGAUCAAGUAACCUCCACCUCCUCAGGAUAAGGCGAUCUUACAAGGAUCGAUGCCUGAAGAAACAAAAGAUACUUAAUCAGAAAUUACUAAAAGUUAUUACUGCAAAGAUCUUGGAUUAUCUAUGAACUUGCCAAAUAUUAGGAAAUAAGUCUAGGCUGUUCUAAAGAAGGUGGAUGAUUAAAUAUUUAAUAAGAGAGAGAAACAGUUAAAGAUAUUUAAGGAAUUCGAUGUUGAUCAGGAUGGUUAUGUUUCAUAAGUAGAUUUGUAACAAAGAAUGAAACAUAUUUUGACUUAGGAUGAAAUACGAUUACUAAUUUAAUAUGUCGAUCCAGAAAACAAGGGAUUCUCAAAUUUCGCAGAGUUUUCAUCAAAAAUUAGGAAUGGGAUGACAAUUCUGGAUGAGAAUGGAGCUCAAUUAAUAAACGUAAACACUUAACCGAGCAAAACCACCAUCAUUGCAGCUACUUCAUUUCUACCUGAAUUAUAAAGGUCGAUUGAUGAAUUCAAAAAACCCUUUAUUGCCUCUAAGAACAGAUCUGAUUAUAAACCGUCGACAAGAUACGGAGCAACACCUAAUUUAAGGGAUACCUUUGCGAAUAUUGUUCCUUUAGAGAAGAGUGGUCUGUGGGCAUCGGCUGAAUAAAGAUUCAGUAAGAACAGGGAAGAGUACUAGAAGGAGGAGAAGAAGUUAAAAGAAUUUAGGUAGGAGCAGAAACUAGAGAGAAUCAGAAGUUAUCAAUAGGAGAUCAGGGGUAGAAUUAAAUCAUAAGAUGAUUUCCAAAAAUGA